AUGGACCCAAAGAUCGCAAAGGCAUUGGAUAGUGGUCGUAGAGGUAUGCUCGACUUAAAGAGAAAGCGGGCAACUCGGUAUGCUGCAAAUUUUCCUGGAGCUACCCACAGAGCGUUACCACAGAGGCUGAACUUGAAUAAGCUUGGCAAGCGAAGGAAGUUGUAUGGAACCAAAAGCAAGCCCAUGAGCUGUGGACCUCGUUUUAGACGAUCCUUGCUUGCAUCUUAUUCAAAUUUUGCAAGGAGCAGUGUGCCACAGCGUCUGAUGUUUUAUCAGAAUGGUGAAUGGACUGAUUUUCCUCGGGAUCUUGUUGACUUGGUUAGGAAAGAUCUACAGGUGAAGAAGGCAGCUAUGAACAUCAAAUCACAAGUUGUUUCUUUCCCGAAAUUUAUGCUGAGGAGGAUGAUGAGCCAAGUUGGAACUGCCUGCCUGAAGGUGUGA